AUGCAUCAGUGUGUGUCGAAGCGGCUAGAGUCUACCUUAUUAUGUGGCCAUGGAGACGGAUUUGUGAAAGUGGCGAAUGUUAAAGUAUCUGACACUUCAGCAGCAGUUUGGGCGAGCACGAAUAUGAGUCCAAGGGACUGUGAAAAGAAUUGCAUGAGGAAUUGUUCAUGCUCUGCAUAUGCAAGCAUAGAUAUUGCUGGGAAGGAGACUGGCUGUUUGACAUGGUAUGGCAAAUUGAUGGACACUGUGCACAAUGGGGAAGAGGGAUAUGAUAUUUAUGUUCGUGUUGAUGCAGUCGAAUUAGCUGAAAUUGCCGAAAAAUGGAAUGGUUUUCUUAAAAGGAAGGAUAUGUUAGCCGUUUUAGUAAUAUCUGUUGUUUCAGCUUGGUUUGUCAUCAUCUUGUUUACAUAUUUGUGGCUCAAUGAUGCAUCCCAACCGCAAGAUGUGGCUAUGCUUAGGUCGCCACUACCGUCGAAAAGAUGGUGCUGGAGGAGGUGA